AUGGCGUCCAGAGAGACCAGCAUCCAGAUGGCAGGGGUACUGGACGGCGAGGCGGGGUGUGGUCUGUCCACGGAGCCGCGUCCCGUUCGUGUCCCUUCGCAGGCCACCGGCGCUAGUGAGCAAGCUCAUGCCGCUUCUGUGAUGGAGGCCGCCGUUGUCGUCGGCGGCACCAGGACGCUGACCAUCAAGGACGCGGCCGUGGCUGCUCAGGCUGAGAGGCCGUGCUUGCCAGGCCCUCCGUCGGGGCUCUCCGUCUCACAGGCGCAGCCUGGCAUGCCGCCGUCCAUUCGCUCGUGCAACCCCGAAAUGGGCGAGGCUCGGGUGCUGCCCAGCGAUUCAAAGCUCGAAGGUCACAUCCCCGCCGAGCCGCAGCUGAUGAAGCAGACCCACCAGCAUCACUCGUGGCGAUCCCUGGUAGGCGGCGGCGAGGCACCAGCGCUGUUGCAGAGCGACAUCACGCGGGAGCUGGACCGCCGGUUUGACAACUUCAAGACCUUCUCGGGCCGCCUCGAGCGGCAGCUCUCCAGCCUCCGAGGUCUCCAGCAUGGCCUGCCGCCAGUUGACAUCGAGCAUGGAGCCGCGCCCAAUAUCUCCAUCGAGGACACCGACGAGGAAAACAUAGUCCCCUCAGCCGAUCGCUACUUCGCCGCCCUCGAAGGCCCCGAGCUCGAGACCCUUCGGUCGACGGAGGUGGCAGUGCUGCCUGAGGAUGAGCAAUGGCCGUUCCUUCUCCGGUUCCCGAUUAGCGCGUUCGGGAUGUGCCUUGGCAUGAGCACCCAAGCGAUGCUGUGGAAGACGCUCGAGUCGGAGCCCUCAACGGCAUUCCUCCACGUGCACCCCGCCGUCAACCACGUCCUCUGGUGGGCCUCCGUCGCCCUCACCGCCAUCGUCUCCAUCACCUACCUCCUCAAGGUUAUCUUCUACUUUGAGGCCGUUCGCCGGGAGUUCCACCACCCAGUGCGCGUCAACUUCUUCUUUGCGCCUUGGAUCGCUUGCCUCUUUCUCGUCAAGGGCGUGCCGCAUCCGGUGUGGGAGAUCCACCACUUCGUGUGGUACCUCCUCAUGGCUCCCAUCCUCUGCCUCGACAUUAAGAUCUACGGCCAGUGGAUGUCCAGCGGCGAGCGCCGACUCUCCAAGGUGGCUAACCCGUCCAACCACCUCGCUAUUGUCGGCAACUUUGUCGGCGCGCUUCUCGGCUCCAGGAUGGGCCUCCGAGAGCUGCCCAUUUUCUUCUUCGCCAUCGGGCUAGCGCACUAUAUUGUACUCUUCGUCACCCUCUACCAAAGGCUCCCCACCAACGUGCAACUACCCAAAGAGCUCCACCCGGUAUUUUUCUUCUUCAUCGCCGCACCUGGCGUCGCCUCGAUGGCCUGGGCAAGCAUCUCCGGUGAGUUCAACAAUGGCGCCAAGCUCCUUUAUUUCAUCUCGCUCUUCCUCUACAUGUCGUUGGUGGUGCGUGUCAACCUCUUUCGGGGGUUCAGGUUCUCAUUGUCGUGGUGGGCCUACACAUUCCCCAUCACAAGUGUGGCCGUGGCAACAGUGUUGUAUGCGUCGAAGGUGGACAAUGUGCUAAUGCGGGCACUAGCGGUUGGGCUGUCAGGGAUUGCCUCUGUCACGAUCACCGGUGUGUUGGUCACUACCGUGUACCAUGCCUUCGUGCGCAAAGACCUCUUCCCUAACGAUGUGUCCAUUGCCAUCACGCGACGCAGGCCCAAAUUUAGCAAGAUCCUCGCGCAUCUCCGCUCUUCUAGCUUGGACAUCAAGGAGAUCGACCUCUCCAUCCCCGGUUCAAAUUCCAUUUCCAAGAACGACACCUACUCCAGUGACUUGUGUUCCAACUCCAGGACAAGCAGCAACACCAAUGAGUCUCCGGUGUCACACGGGCAUGCAAGAGCAGAGUGUUAGAUGUCUGGUGUAGAACAGGUUGCACAAAUGCAUGUCUACCACAUAGAUAUUUCCUCUCUUUUUUCUUCGUUCUUUUUCAUCUUUAUGUAUUUGCUGCACAUAGUGGUGGAUUAGCAGCAAUAUCCUUGAGUAAUUUUCAUUGCCAUGAUGGUGACAUUAUUGGGGAUUUGGAGAUAAAUCUCAUUUAAUUUUAUAAGUACGUCCAUUCA